CGCUCGGUCCGAGGGGCUGCGGCGCCGUUCAUGGAAGAGAUGUCGGGAGAGAGCGUGGUGAGUUCAGCAGUGCCGGCGGCGGCGACGCGCACAACGUCCUUCAAGGGGAGCAGCCCCAGCUCCAAGUAUGUGAAGCUGAACGUGGGGGGGGCCCUGUACUACACCACCAUGCAGACCCUGACCAAACAGGACACCAUGCUCAAGGCCAUGUUCAGCGGGCGCAUGGAAGUGCUCACAGACAGUGAAGGCUGGAUCCUGAUUGACCGCUGUGGGAAGCACUUUGGGACAAUCCUGAACUACCUGCGGGACGGGGCCGUGCCGCUCCCGGAGAGCCGCCGGGAGAUCGAGGAGCUGCUGGCUGAGGCCAAGUACUACCUGGUGCAGGGGCUGGUGGAUGAAUGCCAGGCAGCCCUGCAGAACAAGGAUGCAUACGAGCCCUUCUGCAAAGUCCCGGUGAUCACCUCCUCCAAGGAGGAGCAGAAGCUGAUUGCAACCUCCAACAAGCCAGCAGUGAAGCUGCUCUAUAACAGAAGCAACAACAAAUAUUCCUACACUAGCAACUCUGAUGACAACAUGCUGAAGAACAUUGAGCUCUUUGACAAGCUGUCCCUGAGGUUCAACGGGAGGGUGCUCUUCAUCAAGGAUGUCAUUGGGGAUGAGAUCUGCUGCUGGUCCUUCUACGGGCAGGGCCGCAAGAUCGCAGAGGUCUGCUGCACCUCCAUUGUUUAUGCCACUGAGAAAAAGCAGACCAAGGUGGAGUUCCCAGAAGCCCGAAUUUACGAGGAGACCCUGAACAUUCUGCUCUACGAAUCCCAGGAUGGGAGGGGGCCGGACAAUGCCCUCCUGGAAGCCACGGGAGGGGCUGCAGGGCGUUCCCACCACCUGGAGGAGGACGAGGAGCGGGAGCGCAUCGAGCGCGUGCGCAGGAUCCACAUCAAGCGCCCGGACGACAGGGCCCACCUGCACCAGUGAGCCUGGGGAAAGGGCUGCCCUGCAGCAGGACCAGGCAGUGCAACUCCUGUCCAGCACACUCUGUAAAUUGGGAUUUGUAACAAACUCUAGGUUAUUUGGGGUAUUUAAAUGCGGUAGUUGUAGGGUGAGGAUCAACGAGGUGACUGGGCAGCCUGGAAGGGCCUGUUGAGCAGCUGGAGAAAUGCCCGGAAUUUUUAGCACUCUUGUCGUUGUUGUUUUGUGCUGGAGAGGAGGAGGACUGGCUUUUGUGGCUUUGGUAAUGAUCCUGCACUUUAAAACCAAAACAACAAACAAAAGGUCAGCCAGCCAGCUUCCUUCUCUCCAGGCAUUCCCUGAUAUCCUCCUGGGAUGGGGGGAAAGGCAGGGACCUGGACCCAGGGCUGCUCACAGCUCCAUGGCUCCUGGGAGAGAGCUUGGGAGAGCCUUGGGUGACUCCCCAAAGAACAAAUGGCACAGGCUGAUGAGAUUCCUGAAGUGCUGGGGGCAGAGGGACCCCUAAGAGCUGUGGGAGGGAGCAGGGGCUGCUCCUUCAGGUUCCCCACAGCUCUCAGGAUCUGCUCCUCCAAGGGUACCAUGGAGCCUCUGCAGUGCUGAGCUGGGGACACCCAUCCCUGUUUUGUCCCUACGGUUCAAGGUUAAAAUUCCUCCCAAAGGAGGAGAUCAGGAGCAAAUUGUCCACGGUUGCUUUUCCUAGGAGUAGUGUUGGUACUGGCCAGUGCUUGGAGCUUCUACUUGAGCCUGGUUGGUUUCCAGCAGCUCCCAGGCACCAGGAGUCACAGCAGGUUCAAUCCCCCCAUGCUGGGGGGUGUUGGUGGGGGCAGCAGCCCUGGUUCCCUUCUGGAACCAGUUCAGGAGCAUCGCCUUGCUCUGAGUGAGGAGAAAGAGAAGCAGGCAGUGACCCAGAGGCAGGUAUUCCCUAUUUGACUUCAUCCUGAGGGUAUUCCAACUCUUCCCAGCCAUGGCAGCUGUGUAUGGAAGGGCAGAGCAUGGAGAGGGCCACUGCACUGUGGUUUUCUACGAGUGCUUUUCUCUUGUCAAUGAAUAUUUUAUCUACCUCCUUGUCUCCUGUUGCCUGUUGUGGAGUCAAGUGACAGCGAUGGUGGGAGGUGGGGUGUCAUUCCAUAGGGCUGGCAGCAGAGCCACAGCUGUGACAGUUCAGGUCACCAGUCCUGGGAAGGACAGAAACCUGAGGUAGGAAGUGUUAAACUUGCACUGUAGCAGCACCCGUGGGUGACACCAGAGCGCUCUGCCCUGGGCUAGAGUUUCUUUUGACC